AUGGGAACAGAAUUUGAUGCUGUAGACAUUGAACAUACUUGCUAUUACACGGACAGUCAAGUUUUAUUAGGUUAUAUAAACAAUAUAUCUCGCAGGUUCUAUGUUUAUGUUGGAAAUUGUGUUGACAAAAUAUUGAAGCAUUCUUCAAGCGCGCAGUGGAACUUUGUUCCUACAGAGAAAAAUCCAGCUGAUUAUGGCACAAGGCCGGUAAAAGCAGAGAACAUGAAAGCUUGUAAAUGGUUACAAGGACCUGAAAUAAGUGACUCUAGUGUAAAUGAUGAUAAGUCUGAUGAUUUUGAAUUGAUAGGUCCUGAGCAAGACAGUGAAGUUCGUCCAGUGAUAGAAGUUAAGAAAGUUGAGGUGGAGAGAUCGAACCUUUGCUGCUACCGCUUUGAACGCUUCUCAUUGUGGAGUAGGUUAGUUUCAGCAAUGUCCUGUUUGAAACAGAAAGGAGCGUCUUACUAUAAAGACAGUCAGAAGGAGAGAAAUAAUGUCGAUUUCAAAGUUGAUGCUGAAGAGACUAUUUUGAAAAAGUUCAAAAAGAAGUAUAUAGCAAUGAAAUUGAUUGUUUGCAGAAAGGUAAACCAGUACCGAGAAACAGGAGUUUAG